AUGAUCUAUCCAUUAAUGCAAGUCCCUGCGCGCGGCCUCCGCUCGCUGGGAGACCCCGCGCGCCCCCGCGGCCUCCGCCCGGCGCGGGCCCUCGUUCGCGUCCGCUCCGCUCGGGGGGCUCUGCUGCCGGGGCCCCGGAGGCAGACGCCCGUGGCCCGGCGGACACGAGCGCUGGCGGGCAGGCGGGCGCUCCGCGGGUGCCCAGCGGCGCCUGGCCGUGCCCGGUGCAGCCCCCGGCAGGGUGCAGGGCCGGGCCCGGAGCCCCGGGCGCGGCCCCGGUGCCGCGGGUCCUCCCGCCCGGGACGCUCACAGGGCGCCCGCCUGCUCUGCGCGCCCGGGAAAGAACCGGCGAGCGGGAAUCCUCGGCGCUGGGGCGCAGGCCGCGGCGCUCGAGUUACGGUGUUUCCCGCUGGUGGGUGGAAGGGGGCCGACAGUGGGAGCAUCUCAUGCCGCCGUGGUGCUGACACCACUCCAGUCAUGAAUUUUAGAACCAAAGGACGCUUCACAACUCGAUACUUGUAACUCUUUGAGACCCUUUGGACUGCAGCCCACCAGCCUUCUCCAUCC